UCCACCUAUAUACCUAUUUCUCUCUCUCUCUCUCUCUCUCUUUCUUCGUGAGAACUUUCGGUUUGCAAUCACGGUUUGUGGUGGGCACGUGGCAGGAUUCUAGACAGUGCCCAUUUUUGUCACUCACUGGGUUGAAGAUCUGAUUGUGAUUACCUUGCCUUUUGACUGGCCUGGGGGUCUUCUCUGAAUUCAGUGUUGUGAGUUCUACUUGUGGUUCAAGAACUUAUUUUUGUAGGAAACCUCAGAAAGAUAUUGAUUUAAUUGUAGUAAAGAAGUUGUUUUGGGGGCUUGAAAAUGGGGAAAUAAGUAUUCCCUUGUUGUUUUCAGAACUUUCUGCUGAUGGGUUCAAGUUAGUAAACAAUAGAAUCAUACUGAUUCGUUGCCUAGAGUCUUAAGAGCCCCUUUUUAGUUAUUGGUUGAGUUAUGGCUUCCUAGGAAUGACAAGUGAGCAUAUCAUAAUGCCCGGAACAGUUAGAUUGUUUGUCUAUGGAUACCACCUACAAGACAUUUCGUCAGCUGGUUGGCGUGGUGAGCUCUUGGAUCUCUUGGAGAUCUGAGCCAGCUAAUGUGUCAAGGGACUUUUGGAUGCCUGAUCAGAGCUGUAGGGUAUGCUACGAGUGCGAUUCGCAGUUCACGUUGUUUAACCGGAGACACCAUUGUCGACUUUGUGGCCGGGUUUUCUGUGGCGAGUGUACAGCAAACUCGAUCCCUGCCCCAUCUGGUGAUGAUCCAGGGACAAGCUUGCUGGAAGAGCGGGAUAAGAUCCGGGUGUGUAAUUAUUGUUACAAGCAAUGGGAGCAGGGUGUAGUAGAUAAUGGGACACAAGUAUCCAAAUUAGGCCUUAGUAGUUCACCAUCAGAAUUUAGUUUGGCCAGUACUAUAUCAAGUGGAACUGGUAACUGUAGUAGUAUUACUUUUGCCUCAAUGCCGUAUUCAUUUGGGCCGUAUCAGGAAUCUCAGUGCAGUUCCGAUCUCAGCCCUCUCACAUCAUCUUUAGUGGAAGCAAACACAAAUGAAAGAAGCAACAUGGCACCAGGAAGGAGCAAUGACCUUGUCACAGAUAUAGGGGUUAUAUCUUCCGGACAACAUGGAAUUUCGAUGAACAGGAGUGAGGAUGGGGAUUAUGAGUAUGACAUGUAUCGUAUGGAUUCCGAGGCGAUGCAUUUUCACUCGGCCAAUAGUUAUUAUAGUCCAGUUGAUUUUGAAGGGAUGAAUAAUGAUGAGAGAUUACAUAAACUAGAUCCUGACAGCGAAAACAUUGAUUCGAAAAGUUUGAGCAGCUCCCCAAUACAAUACCACAGCUUUGAAUCACAACGCCUGGAAAGGAUUCUACAGCUUGGGAGAAAAGAAGAUGAACAUGAUAUGGGCUAUGAAUGUGAAACAUCUUCCUCAUUAUACCCUGGUCGUAAGGUUGAUGCGGAACCUGUGGAUUUCGAGAGCAAUGGACUCCUCUGGCUCCCCCCUGAACCUGAAGACGAAGACGAUGAAAAGGAAACCGUCCUCCUUGAUGAUGACGAAGAUGAUGCCCCUGGAGAAUGGGGAUAUUUACAAACCUCAAGCAGUUUUGGAAGUGGGGAGACUCGCAAUAGGGAUCGCUCAACGGAGGAGCACAAAAAGGCCAUGAAGAAUGUGGUUGAUGGACACUUCAGGGCUUUGGUGGCUCAACUAUUGCAGGUUGAGAACCUUCCUGUGGGUGAAGAAGAUGACAAUGAGAGUUGGUUGGAGAUAAUUACAUCUCUAUCAUGGGAGGCUGCCACACUAUUAAAGCCAGAUACGAGUAAAAGCGGAGGGAUGGAUCCAGGUGGAUAUGUCAAAGUAAAAUGCAUAGCUUCUGGACAUCGCCGUGAGAGUACUGUGGUCAAAGGAGUUGUUUGCAAGAAAAAUGUGGCUCACCGGCGAAUGCCUUCAAAUAUGAAAAAAGCUCGUCUCUUGAUACUUGGUGGGGCUCUUGAGUAUCAGCGGGUGACUAACCACCUUUCAAGUUUUGACACUCUGUUGCAGCAGGAAAUGGACCACUUAAAGAUGGCGGUGUCAAAGAUAGAAGCUCAUCAGCCUGAUGUCCUUUUAGUAGAGAAGUCAGUUUCUCGAUAUGCUCAGGAACACCUUCUUUCAAAGGACAUUUCACUUGUUCUAAACAUAAAGAGACCGCUUUUAGAGCGUAUAGCCCGCUGCACAGGAGCCCAGAUAGCCUCUUCAGUUGAUCAUCUCUCAUCACAGAAAUUGGGCUUCUGUGAGUCAUUUCAUGUAGACAGGGUUAUGGAAGAUUUAGGCACUUCUGGGCAGGGUGGGAAAAAAUUGGUGAAGACGCUAAUGUACUUUGAAGGCUGCCCAAAGCCUUUGGGUUGUACGAUUUUGCUGAGAGGUGCUAGUGGUGAUGAGUUGAAAAAACUUAAACAUGUCGUCCAGUAUGGAGUUUUUGCAGCUUAUCACUUAGCUGUGGAGACAUCUUUUCUUGCUGACGAAGGAGCUACUCUGCCAGAACUCCCAUUGCACUCUCCAAUAACUGUUGCACUUCCAGAUAAAGUUAAAAGGGUUGACAGUUCCAUCUCAACGGUACUUGGUUUCAGUGGAGCACAUGCAGGUGUUGAUACAAAGUCUGGGGCUCUUCAUGAACCACAGAGAUCCAACAGCGUGCCGACCCCAGAUAUUUCCUCAUACAUCAGCAGUGCACAAUCUUGUAAUAAUUGUCCUACCUCUCUACCCACUAACACCUUUUCAAGUUUUACCGAUUCUGCUACUUUUCACUCAGCUCCGACUGGACAAGAUGUUUCAGAUACUCACCAAAAGAACAUUUAUUCUUUUUAUACAUAUGGGGAGAAAAAUAAAUCGUGUUCUAUAGAAGCACAGGUGGUUGAACCUUCUCCAGUGAACAAUGGCCUGACUUUGAUGUCUAAUCAUCUCACUGUGAACAACAGCGGCUUGUUAGAUGCUAUGAGCCAACACAUGUUGUUCCCAAAUGACCAGGGUGGAAUAACUCAGAAUCAGGUAGGAAGUGCAGACAAGUCAUUAACGUUACAUGAAGAUGGGAGAAGCCAUGUAGAGGAACCAAGAUCUUUGCAAGUAGAGGUCAAGGAAGAGUUUCCUCCAUCACCUUCUGACAAUCAGAGCAUUUUGGUAUCCUUAUCAUCCCGGUGUGUCUGGAAGGGAACUGUCUGUGAGAGGUCUCAUUUGUUUCGAAUAAAGUACUAUGGAAGUUUUGAUAAACCUCUUGGUCGGUUUCUGCGUGACCAUUUAUUUGAUCAGAAUUACCAGUGCUCAUCGUGCGAAAUGCCGUCUGAAGCACAUGUCCAUUGUUAUACUCAUCGACAAGGAAGCCUUACGAUAUCUGUCAAGAAGCUACCAGAAAUACUCUUGCCAGGUGAGAGAGAAGAAAAAAUCUGGAUGUGGCAUAGAUGCCUUCGGUGUCCCAGGGUUAAUGGUUUUCCUCCAGCAACUCGGAGAAUAGUCAUGUCUGAUGCUGCUUGGGGAUUAUCAUUCGGGAAAUUUUUGGAGCUCAGUUUUUCGAAUCAUGCAGCUGCAAGCAGGGUGGCAAGCUGUGGCCAUUCUUUACAUAGAGAUUGUCUACGUUUCUAUGGAUUUGGCAAAAUGGUUGCUUGCUUCCGCUAUGCAUCAAUCAACGUUCUUUCUGUCUAUCUUCCACCUCCCAAAUUAGAUUUCAAUUACGAGAAUCAGGAGUGGAUACAAAAAGAAACAGAUAAGGUUGUUGACCGGAUGGAGCUUUUAUUUUCGGAAGCCCUCAAUGCUCUUAGUCAAAUUGAGGAGAAAAGAUCUAAUUGUGGCUUGAGAACACCUGAAUCAAGACGUCAAAUUGUUGAAUUGGAAGGGAUUCUACAAAAGGAAAAGGAAGAAUUUGAGGAAUCUCUCCUAAAAACAUUAAACAAGGAAGCAAAGAAGGGUCAACCUCUUAUUGACAUCCUUGAGAUCAAUCGGCUACGAAGGCAGCUUCUUUUCCAAUCUUACAUGUGGGACCACCGCCUUAUUUAUGCAGCCAGCUUGGACAAUCACAGCUUCCGAGAUAAUCUGAGCCGCUCAAUUUCUGCACACGAGGGGAAAUCUAUUCCUAAUAGUGAAAAUGUUGCUGACGUGAAUGUGACAAUCAAGCCAGGAAAAGGCUAUCAUAGUUGUGACUCCUUUCUCGUGGAUGCAAAAGUUGAUAAGAGCUCUGAUUAUCCUGUGAAAUUUGGUAGCGAUGCUGAUCAGUCCAGCACGGUUUUUCCAGAGCCAAAUUGUGAAAAAGAAGAUGGAGCCCAUCUGACUCCUUCGACAAAUGGUUGUGAUCAAUCUGAACUUUCGGAAUCCAAGGUUAAAGUUCGUAGGGUUCUCUCAGAAGGAGAAUUUCCUAUCACAACAAAUUUGUCAGAGACCUUUGAAGCUGCAUGGACAGGUGAAAAUCACACAGCUACAGGGACCCUGAAGGAAGAUACCAAUACACUUUCUGAUUCGACCAUAGCAGAUUCUUCUGCCUCCUUUGGUGUUACAGACAAGUUAAACUUAGACCAGGCAGAUGAGCAUGAUGAGCCAAAGGUGGUUAAUUCUUUUUAUGCUUCAUCUACGAAGAGCCCUGAGAACCUGGAAGACUCUAUCAGCUGGUUAAGAAUGCCCUUUCUAAAUUUCUACCGUUCACUGAACAAGAACUUUUUCUCUAGCACUCAAAAACUCGAUCCAUUAGGUGUGUAUAAUCCGAUAUACGUUUCCGCCUUCCGAGAGUCAGAACUCCAAGGUGGGGGCAGGUUGCUUCUGCCUGUUGGCGUUAAUGACACUGUAAUUCCAGUGUAUGAUGACGAGCCCGCAAGUAUUAUCUCUUACGCUCUAGCUUCACCAGAAUAUCAUCUCCAAGUAAGUGAUGAGGGGGAAAUGCCAAAAGACGGAGGGGAUUCUAUGUCUUCGUUAUUUUCUGACUCGAAUUUUCGCUCAUUCCAUUCUUCUGAGGAUACGGCAUCCGAAGCCCGUAGAAGUUUUGGAUCUAGUGAGGAAGGAUUUUUAUCAUUUUCUGGAUCUCGUAGUUUGGAUCCAUUCUCAUAUGCAAAGGCUUUACAUGCCAGAGUUUCUUUUGGAGAAGAUGGUCCACUUGGUAAGGUGAAAUACUCUGUGACUUGUUACUAUGCGAAGCGGUUUGACGCCUUAAGGAGGAUCUGCUGCCCUUCUGAACUUGAUUUUAUAAGGUCUCUUAGUCGUUGUAAGAAGUGGGGAGCCCAAGGUGGCAAGAGCAACGUCUUUUUCGCAAAAACCUUGGAUGACAGGUUUAUUAUCAAACAAGUCACAAAGACAGAGCUUGAAUCUUUUAUCAAAUUUGCUCCCGAGUAUUUCAAGUACCUGUCGGAAUCAAUUACCACUGGGAGUCCAACCACUGGGAGUCCAACGUGCCUGGCAAGGAUACUUGGGAUCUAUCAGGUUACGUCAAGGCAUCAAAAAGGAGGGAAAGAAUCAAAGAUGGAUGUUCUGGUCAUGGAGAAUCUUCUGUUUGGAAGGAAUGUGACACGACUGUAUGAUCUAAAGGGAUCUUCUCGGUCAAGGUACAAUAAUGAUUCUAGUGGGAGAAACAAAGUUCUGUUGGAUCAAAAUCUUAUUGAAGCAAUGCCUACAUCUCCCAUAUUUCUUGGGACCAAAGCAAAACGCUUUCUAGAGAGAGCCGUCUGGAAUGACACUGCUUUUCUUGCAUCUAUUGAUGUAAUGGAUUACUCGCUGCUGGUUGGUUUGGAUGAAGAGAAGCACGAGUUAGUUGUCGGGAUAAUUGAUUUCAUGAGGCAGUACACAUGGGAUAAGCACCUUGAAUCAUGGGUGAAGAAUUCUGGCAUUCUUGGAGGGUCAAGGAACUCGUCUCCGACGGUUAUUUCACCCGUACAAUAUAAGAAGAGGUUUAGGAAAGCCAUGACAACCUAUUUUCUGAUGGUCCCAGAUCAGUGGUCUCCUCCACCUAUGUUCCAUAGUAAAUCUCAGUCUGAUUUAGGUGAAGAGAACUUGCAAGGCGGGACAUCGGUCGACUGAUGCCGCGAGUCCUUGAUUGUACAUUCAUGCAUUUAUUUCGGGCUUAAUCUUCCGGCUGAUGGUUUUCUUUUCUCAUUCAUUUAUUUCCUUUAUUAUUAGUAUUUUUCAUACACCAAUUCUUUGAUAUAGCAGUUUCAUUUUUAUUUUUGUCAAGAAAAGAAACUCGUUAUUAUUUGUUGGAAGAUGCAGAAGAAGGCUGUUGAAGCCAAGGAAAUUCUUGUCAGAGGUACGAGUAUUGGAUGACCUCUCCAUGAAAUCCUUGUAGCAAAAGAAGAAAAGGGAUAUUCAUGUAUUUAGCUUUGCAACAUGUAUAUGUAGUCUAUCACUGUCGUGUAUAUCUGUAAAUUAGAUUUCAAUGGUCAUUUACAAAUUCCUCUCUCUCCCUCCUAACAGCGUCUGCUUAAUUUUGGUAGAUGCAGAAACAUAACUGGUCACAGAACAC